GUGAACCUGUCUGUCCGGCUCGCACUUUAAGACUUCCCGAGCGGCCGAGGGGACGCCAGUCGAGUCAGGAGACGCCUACCUGCCGUUUCCCCGUCGCCCAGUGCACUUGGCUGCAAGGGCUCUGCUACCGAGGGACCGCGACACUCCGCGAAGUUGGAACGGGCGCGCGCCGUCCCAGCACUGUCUUCUCGCGGAACGUGGGGGCGCCUCGACGAUUCCUCCCCUGAACUGUCCGCUUCCUGCGCCUCCGAGCCGGCCCAGGAAAGGUGGGACGACCCGGUUCUAGUUGCGGAAACGGACCGCGCCGGGCCAGGAGCGUUCGAAAAUGCCCCGCGCGUUCCUGGUGAAGAAGCCGUGCGUCUCCACGUGCAAGAGGAACUGGAGCGAGCUGCCAGAUGAGGAGCGCGGCGAGAUCUACGUGCCAGUCAGCCUGGGCUUCUGCCCACCACAGCCCUACCGGGAGCCAGAGCCAUCAGUGGCCGAACCCCCUUCCUGCCCCCUGGCUUUGGACAUGAGCCUUCGGGACUCCAGCUAUAGUACGGCCCCAGGAGCCUGCGUGGUGGCCCAGCUGCCCUCUGAAGAUGUGGGCCGCCUGACUGACCCCCAAAGCAGAGAUCAGGGCUUCCUACGCACCAAGAUGAAGGUGACCCUGGGGGACAGUCCUAGUGGAGACCUCUUUACCUGCCACAUCUGCCAGAAGGCCUUCACCUACCAGCGUAUGCUGAAUCGCCAUAUGAAAUGUCACAAUGAUGUUAAGAGGCACCUGUGCACAUACUGUGGGAAGGGUUUCAACGAUACCUUUGACCUCAAGAGACACGUCCGAACCCACACUGGUGUGAGACCCUACAAGUGCAGCCUGUGCGACAAGGCCUUCACCCAGCGCUGCUCCCUGGAGUCUCACCUCAAGAAGAUCCAUGGCGUGCAGCAGAAGUAUGCGUACAAGGAGCGCCGGGCCAAGCUGUAUGUGUGCGAGGAGUGUGGCUGCACGUCUGAGAGCCAGGAGGGCCACAUCCUGCACCUGAAGGAGCACCACCCUGACAGCCCGCUGCUGCGCAAGACCUCCAAGAAGGUGGCUGUGGCCCUGCAGAACACUGUGACAUCCCUACUGCAGGGCAGUCCCCACCUCUGAGCAGCUCAGGCUUGCUGCCCAGCCAGUCCGCCCUCCUGUGGCCUCUCCUCACAACCCUGACAUCAGGACUGGAGUCCGUGCAGUCCCCCUCACUCAGGCUGAUGCGGACCUCGGCUAUUUCCCUGUUUGUCUUAUGGGCAGAGUUGAUCUGCACCUGAAAGACACGCAGAUGUCUGGGCAGGGGUGAGGCCAACGGAUUAGCAGCUGCCACCUACAGAGUCAGGCACCAGGACUUCCUUCACAGAGGAAAUGCGUGAGAGGGGAUCUUGUUGCCCUGGGCCCUGAGUGCAGGACAGAGGCUGCAGGUCCCCUUGGAUAGCAGAGUCAAGAACACUGGCGAGGAGCACCCUGCAAAGACCCACGUGGGCACUGGCGGAGGCUUGUGUGCCUGCAGGCCACGCAUGCGUGCACAGCCGUGUGCAUAUGUGUGUGCAGCACUGCUCUGUGCGUGCUCAAAUAGGUGUGCCACUCGUUUGUGUGCACAGGUGCACACAGGAGGCUUCUUCACGUAUCACCUCAUUUUUUAAAAAAUCAAGGUGCCAGGGAGGUUUUAUUUCCUUUUUUAAAAGAUGACAAAUGUACAGAUAUUAAUAUAUAUUUGGUGCCCAUGGCGACUGUUUUUAACAGAGGGAUGGAGCUGGCUUUUCUCCUCCCUGUAUGGUUCUAUUUAUUCUGGACAUUUCAAACUUCUCUGUGCCUUGGGUCUGGGGCUCCUGCCCCAACCACCCCUGUUCCCUGAGAUCUCCACUGAAGACCUCCUCGGGCCCUGCAGAGGGUGCGCUGCUCCUCCUCUCCUUCCUCUUCUCUGGGCAGCACCUCACUUCUGCUCCUCCCUCGGGCUCUGCCUCCCAGAUCCUCUCCCGGCAGUCCCCAAGUUUCCUGAAGAGCCUGCUGGCACUGUUCGUUGGUGGUCCCAGGCUGACGACAGAGGUCAGCCAGGCAGGAUGGGGAGUCUGUGACGGGGAGGCUGCUACUUGCGGUGCUGUGGCGCACACAGGAGGGCUGGAAAGCCAGCCCUUUUCCUGGGCGAGUCAGACACCCGAACACAGCAACCAACAGUUGGCACCAAAAAAUCAAGACAACCGAAACUUCCAGAGGGAACAGAGUGUGAGAUGGCUAAUAAAUUCUCUCUGUAGCCUU